UCCCUCCCAGUUGCUUCAGAUCAGCAUGUUCUCUGAGUGUAUAUGGAUUGAUUUUGGAUUUUUGUUUGUGAAGGGACUUUCUUCUACCACAAAAGAGUUUAAUUUCUUGCCCGGUUCAUUCAUUAAUAGCUUUGGGAAGCUUCAACAUGUUUCUCUGCCUUCCUUGACGAAAAACAAGUUAGUGUUAGGCAAAAGCCUUGGAAGAUUGAGGAGACUAGAGAGAGUAAAAAGAGAAGACUCAGAGAGUAUGUUGAGCAGUGAGAGCAUUGCACUGGAUGAGCAGACUUUGGAGGAGGAGCUGCAUAAUGCCAUUGCAGAAGAGAACUAUGCUAAAGCAGCAGAAAUCAGAGAUGCUCUGAAGAACCUUCAGAAAGACAUCAAGACGACUGUAUUGGGAGCCAACAGCCGGUUUUACGAUUCAUUUAGGACUGGGGAUCUUGCAGCAAUGCAAGCUCUUUGGGCCAGAAGGGAUGAGGUAUGUUGUGUCCACCCUGGUUUGAAAGGAAUAUCUGGUUAUGAUGAUGUUAUAGAGAGCUGGAAUUUUGUGUGGGCCAACUAUGAAUUCCCGUUGGAGAUUAAGCUAGAAGACAUUAAGGUUCAUGCUAGAGGGGAUAUGGGAUAUGUCACAUGCAUGGAAUUCGUAAAGACAAAAGGAGGAAGAUGGGGAGGACAGUUUGUGACAAAUGUGUUUGAGAGGAUUGAUGGCCAGUGGUUUAUUUGUAUUCAUCAUGCUUCCCCAAUAGACUUGUGAAUUCUUCAAAGUUUACUCCUGACAUUCUCUUUCCCAAUUUUGCUUUGGGUUUUGCUGAUGCUUCACUCUCAUACUCAGAAGAACUCACUCAUUUUUUAAGCUACACGUGCGACAUGGCCUUACUGUACACAUAAUCUGUAACAGCUAUAGCAUUUUGAUGAAUAAAUGAAUCCAUGCUGCAUCUGAACCUGCCUCGUACAGUUUUGCUCUGUCAUGUCGUGAAAUGAAGUUUAAAAUAUUGAAGUUCAA